AUGCCUGACGACUCCUCUCCAGCCAAGCUCAAGCUCCAUUCUAUCCCUCCCUUCCUGAGUGCAUCCUGUGAUGUAGUGAAAAGAUGGAAGGAGGAGUUGUCCCUUCUUAAGAGACCCAGUGUGCCAACCGGAAGCAGCUGUUCUGACCCAGACCAUCCCACUGCCACCAGCACAACAAGCCCCAGCAUGUCCAAAAAACACAACGAGCCAGACCUGGACUUGGACUACGACUUCAUUCUCUCUAACUCCAUUCUGCAGCAGCAGCAACAGCAGCAACAGCAACAACAGCAGGAGGAGGCCAUGGCAUGCAGCUCUGCCCAGGCCCUGUCUCCUUCCCCGGGCUCUUUCUCCUCAUCUUACCCUCUCCCCUCCCCUCAGGGCACUGCCAGCGAGCUGCUCUAUACCAUCCCAGAUAUCAGUGACGUCUCGCCCUCUGGAGGCUUUGUGGCAGAGCUCAUGAGGCCCGAGUUGGACCCGGCGUACCUCCACCCCACCAGCCUCCACGGCAAGUUCGUGGUCAAGACAACAAUGGACAUGGGAGAAUACAGCCAAGGCGUGAGCGUAAGCAAGGCCUGCGUUAACGCAGCGUCAGACCCUACUCCUUCACGUGCCUCACCUUCCUUUACAUGCCACAGGAUAAAGCAGGAGAACCCCAGUAACUGCACCAUCUCGCAGCCCAUCGACCUACACCUGACUGGGGUGAACUCCCAGGGCCGAGGGAGCCAGCAACAGCGCCCCGGCCACUUAGACCUACACGGCUUUCCUGGUGGAGGGAGGCCCAUGACAGGCGGCAGGUUAUCGUCGUCCUCCUCCCUCUCCCCGGACCAUCCUCUGAGCCGGGAGCACCAGGUCCUGGGGCAUCCCCACUCUCAGAUCACUCUACCUCCCCAGGGAUACCACCAUACCUCCCCGCAGGGCUACUCCUCCUACCCUCAGCCAUCCUCCAUGCAGUACCAAGAGCCCCUCAUGAUCUCCAGUGGGGACUGCUUGCCGGAAGAACCAAAGCCUAAACGUGGUCGGCGCUCCUGGCCGAGAAAGAGAGUUGCCACACACACGUGUGACUAUGUUGGCUGUGGGAAAACUUACACAAAGAGCUCCCACCUCAAAGCACAUCACCGCACGCACACAGGGGAGAAGCCUUACCACUGUGACUGGGAGGGCUGCGGUUGGAAGUUUGCACGUUCGGACGAGCUCACACGCCACUACAGGAAACACACAGGGCACCGGCCAUUUCAGUGUCAGAAAUGUGACCGGGCCUUUUCGAGGUCAGACCACCUUGCUCUCCAUAUGAAGAGACACUUAUGAGACUUAAGGCGAUGGAAUGAAGGCUCCAGGCAAAAGAUGUUAGUGGAACCCUGAACAAACUUUUUUUAAAACCAUAAUUUGCCUUCAGGCCGUUGUCAAGCAACAAGACAAGCUGUGGUGUUCAUGGCAGAAAAAGAGCAUUACUCCCUCAAGAGCCUAGAAUAUCUCUCGAGGCCGAUCCCGUCUUCGCACAUUGUGCAGGUGACUUGACAAGACCUCUCAGUCAGGGUUGUAAACUUUUAUGAAAGGGACCAAACUGGAAUUUGUCUUAUUUAACCGACAAAACUUGGAGGACCAGGUGCCAACAGCUUUUAACUGGAAAUGUAUUUCUGUCAGGGAAACCAGGAGCAACAGACAAACAUCUCCAGAGGAUUUCUACCAGCAACAUGCCAAUAUAGGCUCUGUUAACAACUACACACUGUUCAAAAUACUGUAUUAAUAAAUACAUUUAUAUUUAUAUACACAUUUCACCUGCAAUGCCAUUAAAUUCAGGUACAAUGUUAAUUUAUACAGAAUGGUGCUCAGUGACUUUGAAGAAGGUUUUUUUUUUUUUGUUUAAGAAAAGGUACCAAAGAUUAAGGGAAACAUACAAAAGGGUGAAAACUAUGGAAAAGUGCCAUUUGGUUGUUUGUGUGAAACCUCUCUUCCACAAUUGGACUUAAAUCAGGUGAACACUUCACUUAUAAGUGGUGAUGGCAAUCUUCGAUGCACUGCAGCUGCAAAGUGCAAUAAUUUAUAUGAGACAUUCAUAUUUUUGUAUUGAAUGAGUGAACUCUGAACAAAGAUUUUUUUGUUUAUAGCCAAAAUAUGUAAUAUAAUCUGAAAUUUUGUACAUUUGUGAAUAAAAAUGCUUUGUUAUUGUUUUGUAUUUUACA